CCCAGGAGGCCCUGGGCUAAUUGCAGAGCCCAGGGUCCAGGAUGGAACAGCCAGCAGUAAGGACCUUCUGAACCCUCCGGAGGCAGACCCUUCCCAUGACCCCCCAAAAGAGAUCAGCAUGCACCUAGAUGUGGGACAUCCCACGGAGCCCCCGCAAGCAGUGCCUGCCAGCCAUACCCCCAGAAGAGCCCCCGCCUGAGGACUGCAGCCUGGAGGUGGGGCCCAGCACACACACUCUCUAUGUGGGCCACCUGAACCCCCAGUUUUCCGUGCCCGUGCUUGCCUGCCUGCUACGGGACACUCUGGAGCGUCUGCAGCUGCCCGUAGCCCGGGAGGACAUUGAGGUGGUGCGGCGGCCCGGGAAGGCCUACGCACUGGUGCAGGUGACCACCCCCAAGGCCACUCUGGCCUCGCUCCCCUGGCGCCUGCAGGUGGCCUGGCAGGAGCACCGGAUUCUAAAGGAGCUGGCAGUGCGUGGCAAGGAGCUGGUGCUGACGGAGGGCCGGGGACCCACGAGCCGCAGGGAGGAGAUCCUGGGACAGGAGCGGCUCUUCCAGGGCACCCUCCUGGGCAGUGAGACACGUAACAUGGAGUUCAAGCGGGGUAGUGGCGAGUACCUGAGCCUGGCCUUCAAGCACCAUGUGAGGCGCUACACAUGCGCCUUCCUCAACAGUGAGGGUGGCAGCCUGCUUGUGGGUGUGGAAGACAGUGGCCGUGUCCAGGGCAUCCGCUGCAGCCACCGUGAAGAGGACCGGGCACGCCUGCUAGUGGACUCCAUCCUGCAGGGCUUCAGACCUCAGGUCUUCCCUGAUGCCUACACCCUCACCUUCAUUCCUGUCAUCAGCACCGCUGCCACCAACACCCCCCUCAAGGUACUGCGCCUGACUGUGCACGCCCCCAAGGCCCAGGGUGAGCCGCAGCUCUACGAGACAGACCAGGGCGAGGUGUUCCUGCGCCGCGAUGGGAGCAUCCAGGGCCCACUGUCUGUCAGUGCCAUCCAGCAGUGGUGCCGGCAGAAGUGGAUGGCGGAGCUGGGCAGAUUGGAGGAGAAGGUGAAGGUGCUGACGGUGGAGAAGGAGCAGCUCCAGCAGCGGCAACAGCAGCGGCGGCUCUGGCCUGUCUCCUGCACCUGUUGUGUCCUGUGAGGCCUUGGGGCAGCUGGCAGGUGCCACACUUGGCAGGGAGAGCCAAGGAGCUCCUGUUCGGGUCUGAGUCCUUUGAAUGCCACCCCAGUGAGCCGCCUGGAGGUGGGCGGAGACCCCACAUCCUGGAUCCCUCACCACUACACAUGGGAUGGUCCCCAUGUGACUCCA